AUGGAAUUUCGAUCCGCCACCCACGUUCGAGUAUCAAUAGCUCGGUCAAAAGCUCGCGCAGACUUGAGUGCAUCGAACGGUCGUCUUUAUUACCAUCGUUCUGGUCUCUUGGACAGCCCGUUGGUCAUCGGUCCAGCAGUUUCAUUCUCCCCGCUCAUCAGCUUCGCCGGUUAA